CAUUGCGGUUGCACCGUGCGCGCGCUCUUCCGGUCCUUCCUGCUGCCUUGGCUCGCCGGACAUGUAUCGGGGUGUCGCGGGCCGGUUGGUGACGGAGGCAGGACGUGUUCGCCGCGGCGUGGAGCGCGCUGCUCUCGGGCCGAGGCUCAGGCGCUUCUCCGGGGCGAAGGACGAGGCGCAGCCGCCUUUCGACCGCUCGCUGCUCCGCUUCCUGGUCUGCCCGCUGUCCAAGAGGCCGCUGAGGUACGAGCCGGAAACCAGCGAGCUGAUCAACGACGAGCUCGGCAUUGCCUAUCCCAUCGUUGACGGCAUCCCCAACAUGAUCCCGCAGGAAGCCAGGCUCAUUCAGAAAGACACGGACGUGUCAACCACACCCGCACAAGGCUAGAACCUCCCAUCACCCCCCCACACAUCGGACAUCGUAUCACAGCGAGAACACGCCCGCGCUGGUAUUUAGCUCCUCCCCCCCCGUCGGGCAGCAUGUUCUCCCUGUCCGCGAUGGUGGGGCUGGUCCCGAUAGUGUCGCUGGCGGGCUUGUUCUACUCCGCGGCGGUGGACGAGAACUUCCCUCAGGGCUGCACCAGCAGCAGCAGCCUGUGCUUCUACAGCCUGCUGCUGCCCGUCGCCAUCCCGGUCUACGUCUUCUUUCACCUCUGGAGCUGGAUCGGGAUCAAGCUGUUCAGACACAACUAGGCGCCUCUGCGUUUCGAUACAACGGAAAUGGGACGCUUUGCAGGACGUGAGGCGGAACUAAACGGGGCGUCGUUGCUGCAAUGAAAUGUAGGGUGGAGGGGGGGGGUGUGACUAUAAAGAAAACAAGUCUGUAAAUGACACAUUUAAUAUUUUAUUGGCACACUGUGUCUGACUUAUGUACACUGAAAUUAAUAAAGACGGUUCUAUACAACCUGAAA